AUCUCGCCGACAUCAGCAUUUUAAUUGCAGCAAGACAACAAAGAAUAUUGGUGUCUGGGAUGUGUGAAUGACUGGCUCCUCCUGCAGCCCUUGGCCUCGUUUUACAUUGAGAGUUUGUUCAGCCGACUGCCUCAGGAGGUGACGUUCAGCUCCGCUCUGCCUGGCUGUAACACAGUGGAGCCACAAGGACUUGCCACCUGCGUGGUCACCUGACAGGUUCAUCUGGAGAUCUACGUGUGUGGGAGACAAGGGAUGAUAUUUGAAUCUGAGCAGCAAUGAAAGGUUUAGGAGCUAAUCGAAGCCGUCACCUCUCUGACAACUGCGACCCCACAGAGCAGAUGUACCCCAGCCCAAUGCAGGAGAGGAAUCCCUACCUGUUGACUCCUGUUGACCCGUAUCAGAUGGAGCAGCACCGCUUCCCGUCCGCUAAUGCCAUGCCGGCCGACUGUCUGCUACCGCUCAAUAACCAGAUUGCCAGCAGCACCUUCCCCAGGAUCCACUACAACUCCCACUUUGACCUCCCAGACGAGUGUGCUUUUACCCCCAACGCAUCUGGCGGUAAAAUUAACCGGCUACCCGCCAACCUGCUGGACCAGUUUGAGAAACAGUUGCCGAUGCACCGGGAUGGAUUCCACACACUGCAGUUCCAGAGGAGUGAUAAACAUCGCAGCGAGAGUCCAGGCCGCAUCCGCCAUCUUGUACAUUCUGUGCAGAAACUCUUUGCCAAGUCUCAGUCCCUCGAGGGCUCAGGCAAAGGGAGUCUGAACGGCAGCAAGUUCGGCUCCGACGACUCCAAACAGACCAAGCGGAGCAAGAGCAAGGAUCGCAAGUUGGAGUCAAAGAGAAGAACGAGGACCAACAUCUCCGGCUGGUGGAGCUCAGAUGAUAAUCUGGACAGCGACAACUACAACUAUCGCAAUCCCAUGAGUUUAAUGACACUGGGGAGGCGGCCUGACCACGGGCCCGCUAAAUACCUGAUGAAUGCGUACAACACUAUCAGUGAACACACCCUCAAAGCUUCAAAAAGCAAUAAUGACCUGAAGUGUUCCCCGUGUGUGAAUAUCCCCAUCAACACCGACUCCAAGUACAUCAAGCGCGGUUCCUGGUCCACGCUCACCCUUAGCCAGACCCGGGAGGUUUGCCAGAACUCAGCAGCCACCAUGGACAGGGCAAUGCUAAAAUCCAGAUCCUAUCACCAUGACCUGGCAUCUCAGUAUCUGAAGGUUCCUCUUCAUGAUGAUUGGAAUAGCACCCUUUCACGAGGAAGAGUCGGGGAGAUUCCCUGUCGACGGAUGCGCAGCGGCAGCUACAUUAAGGCGAUGGGAGACGAUGACAGUGAAGACUCUGAGAUGAGCCCCAAACCAUCGCCAAAGACAGCAGCACGACGGCAGAGUUACCUGAAGGCCACCCAACAGUCCCUGAGUGAGCAGAUCAGCCAGCGCAACCAAAGCUACCUUGCAUCAGUCAGUGAGUCUAUCCACAGGAGUCUUGAUUGCCUGGAUACUGUGGAUCUGAACUCGGCAAACUUCCAUGGAUGGAAUGAAGACGACAUGGGAAGCACAGACACCCUCAAAUCCAACCAUAUUAACCAGGAGCAAGAAAUGGAUUUUAGCAAUCAGUAUGAGAACAUCUGUGAGCCGGUCUUCAACGAGGUGGAUUUGCAGGCUGUGGAUGCCCUUGAUCUGCCCAUUCCUGGCUGUUUCCGCUCAAGAAGCCACAGCUAUCUCAGAGCAAUACAGGCUGGCUGCUCUCAGGAUGAUGACAAUGUCUCUGUCCGCUCAGUGUCUCCCCCACCUAUAACAACCACAGUUAGAACCAUGCAAACCAACACCAAUAAAAACGUGGCUACAAACUUUGUGCUGAAGAGGAACUAUUCUGAGUCUACUGUGUCCUCAUGCAUAACCACUUACAAGAAGACUCCUCCACCAGUUCCACCGCGAACCACAUCUAAACCAUUUAUUUCAGUUACAGUCCAGAGCAGUACAGAAUCAGCACAAGACACAUACCUUGACAAUCAGGACCACAAGAGUGACAUCAACAGUCAAUCUGGUCUCAGCAAUUCUUCGGACAGCUUGGAUAGUGCCAGAGCUCUGAACAGUACUAAGACAGGAAGUGUCAGCAUACCACUCCGUGAACAGUCAGAGAGCCACCAUCGAAAUGCUACCGUGACAACUGACAUAGGAUCGCUCGUCAGUGAGGAUCCAAAGUUGGAAACUCUCCCAAAGAGAAAGCUCUCUUCCAUAGGAAUACAGGUUGACUGUUCCCCAAACUUAAUUAAGGAGCAGGAUUCUCAUCUGAUCAACAAAUUCCAGUCAAUUGGAAUCCAAGUGGAAGACGAGUGGCAUUUAAGUCGCUCCAGCACCAUGAUGUCAAAACAAGAAACUGACUCUGAUACACAGGAAUGUAGUAAUGCUACUGCUGGAUCCCAGGACAUAAGCAAUCAAUUUUCUGAUUCAAACCAGCAUCAUCAUAUCUCGAACAGUGAACCUUCUGUACGACAGCAUGCGAAAAGCUCGCAGACAAAGAAUAAAGCUUUUGCUUACAGUGAUAACUUAGACCCAGCUCUAGAUCCAUCCUCUUUACCACCACCAGAACCAUGGUUAGAAUCUACUACCAAUCUUCCUGUCGAACCAGUGCAUGCUUCUUCCUGUUGUCGGGAUGGCUACUGGUUCUUGAAACUGUUACAAGCAGAAAAAGAAAGAAUGGAAGGAUGGUGUCAUCAAAUGGAGAAAGAAACCAAAGAAAAUAAUCUUUCUGAAGAAGUCCUAGGGAAAAUUCGAAGCGCAGUGGGUAGUGCACAGCUUUUGAUGUCUCAGAAAUUGCAGCAGUUCCAUGGUCUCUGUGAGCAGAAUCUGAACCAAAAUGCCAACCCACAGCCGACUGCACAAGAUUUAGCUGGUUUUUGGGAUAUGCUGCAGCUUUCCAUUGAAGAUAUUAGCUUGAAAUUUGAUGAACUUUAUCAUCUCAAGACAAAUGACUGGCAACUAGUUGAAAUGCCAGAAAAGAAGGAAGAGAAAAAGCUGCCCCCUCCAGUGCCAAAGAAACCAGCGAAGGGUAAAACUCCUUUAAAUCGUGAGAAACUGACGGAUUCAGCUGACAAGCAACGGCAGGAAGCUCGCAAGCGGUUAAUGGCAGCUAAGCGAGCUGCAUCUGUACGGCAGAACUCUGCAACAGAGAGUGCAGAUAGUAUUGAAAUAUAUGUUCCAGAGGCACAAACCCGUCUGUGAAUUGGAGCGUACCUUUUGUAUACAUUUUGGACCAACUUAAACUUCUGUGGUCUGUGCUAUUCUACAAGCAACAAUAAGCAUCAGAUAAUAGAAUGAAGUGCUUAUUAGUACAUUUGACUGCUAUUCCAUGUCAAACUCCCCAAAUCCUGUAAUGUCAACUCUGAUAUCUCAUCAAUGUGUACAUGGGCUGCCAUGCUUCCCUGUCAUUUGCAUGGCUUUGUCUUAUCUGCAGUCAACUUUUCUGUAAACCAAUUAGUUUGUGUUCAUCCCUCAACAGCAAAUUGUGUUUUAUCUAGCAUACAGGAAAAGAUCUUGCUUAUUUUUAAAAGAGUACAUCAAUUCUUCUUAAACUGAUGAAAACAUUUGAAGGAAGAUGAAAUUUCUUGAAUAACUAAACCAGAGCUCAAUUCUAUUGGGUUGUUGCCACUUCUGAGAAAUGUAUUCAUGUAAUUCAUCUGCAGAAACUGUAGCUUUGCAGAUUAUGCUUCCAUUGGCUCUGUAAAUUUAGAGUGCUGCUGUAAAAUGAUGUAAAACCACUCUACCAUUCAGUAGAGCAAAGCAAUAGAGCAUUUAAAUGUUCUCACAUUUUUUCAAAUGUACAGAAGUGAUAUAAAAACUGUUCAGAAUUGUAGAAUCAUUUUAUGAAACAAGCACAUACAGGAAAAAGGUUUUAUCAAAACCAAUCUGGUAUUUGAACCUUUUGGAAUGUGUUAUUGGAUUUUGCAGCCAAACUUUUAAAGAAUUUGUCUCAUUUGUUAUGGUUACUUCCUCAAUCUAGCAGUAGAUUAAAGUGGUUGUUUAUAUGUAGAUAACUAGUUUAAGUAUACAGAUGAAGAUAAAUUAUGGAGAGAACCAUUGUUUUGAUUGACUGAAGAAUCCUGUUAGGUGCAAGUGUCCUGUUCAAAACAAGUUGGCGAACUUUCAUAAAGUGAAGCACUACCUACUAGCUUUUGUCCAAAUAUACUUUCUAUAGCCUAAUAUUCUCAAUUGUUUUCAUCUUCAUGCUGCACAGUGUCAUACUUAGAAGAUUGCCAAAUGUUUACUGAUCAUAUUUUCACUUUUAAUAUCUGCUUUUAGCAGGAGAUUACAUUUUGAACAUUCAGAUAUUAUUUGCAGAUUAAAUUUGAGGAAAAGAUUUUAAUUUCAAA